AUGCAAAAGGACUCCCAGACCGCUGUCGCCCAGAGUGACAGUCUGAUCUGCAAGUUCGGAUCCGAGUUCAGAUUCUCGCACCAUACAACAAAACAAGUCAGUUACUGUGCCAGCAAAAUGCGUUCUCUCGCCCAGCUGUUUAUCACCAAGAAAACGCUGAAACCGACAAUCGGAGAUUUCCGCGAAUGUCUUUAUCCGAAGAACUUUGACGUUCUGGUAGAAUCUGUCCGGCGGAUGAGUAAGUUCGACCCCAUCACGGGUGAAACUAUAGCGUCGAGUGUGCCGCCCAGACUCUGCAAUUCACCGAAAAGAUGUGCUUCCAUAUUGAAGUCCGAGGCCAUCAAGUCGGAAGGAAGCAGACAAGAGAAGACCGAAGUGCUGUGCGAGUUAAACGAUUUCUUACACCUCAUGCAGAAAGAUUGGGCAACCGCGGUGGGCACUAUAAGCGAAAAAAGCAGCAGACUGAAGAAAGUGACGAAAGCGGACCUCCUACCGGAUCCGGACGAUAUCAGAACAUUUGGCUGCUACAUCCACGAAUUGUGCCCGCAGUAUAUGCGUGAUCUGCAACAGGUGCCGACGAUAAAAAAAAACUACGACAGACUGGCUAAACUGACUAUAGCUCACAUCAUAACUCUGAACCGUCGCAGGCCCAAUGAAACAGUGGAGAUUAUCAUCGAAGCUUACAGGUCGACACUGGACGAGCGAACCGACUUCGGCCUCGACGUACAGAACGUUCUAACAGAAGAGGAGAUGGAAUCGGCUAGACAGAUGGUGAUAUUCUAUGCCGCCGCAAACAAGAAACUGAAGAAAGUUCCCGUUCUGUUGACCACAGUGUUUCACGAAGCUGUUGAUACUCUGUUAGACUCGCACGAGAAGAUUGGCAUAAAGAGUAAAUACGUUUUCGGUCGUGUCGGCAGUGUACGAUUUUACGACGGUUUUGUCAUUUUGAAAGAAUUGACGAUGAAAGCCGGCCUGAAAAUCCCUUCCACCUUUACGCCGAACGCGUUGAGGGAUCAUGCGACGACCUCCUCUCAGUUGCAGACGCGAAACGAUCUGUACGCCAAACGUUUAUCAAAAUACAUGGGACAUGACCUGAAGACACACGAGCAUUUCUACGAGAUGCCUCUUCCGCUUGUGCAGAAGGCUAUAGUCGGCCACAAACUACAGCACACUUGGUCACGAGACACAACGACCAGAACGAUGUCAGAGAAUACAUCGCGCUGCACGACAAAUCAUCCAAGACCAGAAAAAACUUCUAACAGCGAUAACAGAGAGGAUUCGACACUUGGGUAA